CCAUCCUCUCUUCUCCUCUCGCAAUGCUGCUUUCCGCUCCUCUUUUGCUCAUUCUUCCCCUCCUCGCUCCUGUCCUUGCAGGGACCCUCGGCUGCUACUUCACCUGCGCCUCUGCCAUCAUCGCCACCAGAGCCUGCGACUCUGAUUUAUCAUGUCUCUGUGAUCGCGACUCAUCUUUUCUUUAUUACGGAAUGCGGUACUCAUACACGCUCAGCUUCACUGGCAUCUUAUUCUCCGCGUCGUACUUCGUACUAACCUACCACUCUCAUAGCUGCCUGCAGUGCUCUUCCGAAUAUACAGAAUCCAUGCCGAAGUACUUUUACCAAGACCUGAUCAGCCCGCUCGACAACUGUAAAAAUGCGAUUCCGUCGAAUGGGAAGAGUCACCGAGACCGGAUCAGCUCGGCCGGCAACAGUAGAAAAGCGACUUCGUUGGAUAAAAAAGUGGCAUCGACGGUUGCAAUUGCAACGAGUAGCGGCAGUUCGCUCGCGUCUCUUAGUUUGUCUGCUAGUACGUUGUCUUUGCUACUGCUCCUGCCACUACCACCUCUAAUCCCACUGUUUCAUCAUCUAGUUUUACUACUAAUCCGACUCACACCUAAUCUACUUCCGUCAGUACUUGGUGUAAUAGCAGCUCACUUACUUCCUCUUCUACUCGACUACGUCUACGGGCCCUUCUAGUUUGACUUCUUCAACUACUUUUACCACCUUUUCUACUUAUACAACCACUCUGACUCUUAUCUCCACGUCGGCUACUUCUUCUCCAGUUUCUGCCACCCUAGCAGACACUGCCUCAGCCACCACCACCUCAUCGUCGACCUCUUCCUUCGCUAGCUGCCAUGCAGUACCGCCGACUACGCAGCUCCGACGGUAGUUGUGGCUACUACCGUUGUAUGAUUGCAUAACUGCUAGCGUUGCUAGCGUUGGAAUCCUC